UCCUGAGUCUGUAAGUCUAGCCUUUGGGUCUUAAACUCUAAUUUCCUAAUAAGACAAUUCUUUAUUGUAUGUGGAGCUUAAAAUCUGACAGGUGGUGAAGUCCUUCAAAAGAGAGGAUUUGCUUUCAAAUUUCAUUAUUAAGAUAGCUGACAUUCAGGGUCCAUUGUGCCCUGAAUUUCAGAUAUUAUACCAUUUCCACAGACUAUUUUUUAAAAAAACCCAGAAAGAAAAUAGCUGGGCCAGUGUUUUAGGCAUGACUCUCAUGAUCUGCUUACUAAUUGUAAGUUAUAUAGUAAGACAUAUAUGAUAAGGCUUGUAUACAUAAAUAUCCACCAAAAGACUAUAAUUAAUACUUCAUUUAUUUAAAAACAAACACUCUUAUCAAGAGAUUUAUUGAAGUUUAACUGAAAUGCAACAAAGUCUGUAAUAUGUUUAGGGUAAAUAACUUGAAAGGUUUUAAAUAUGAGUACAAUCAAGAAAUUGUUGCUACAUCCAUAUAACAAAUAACUGGGACUUCAAAACUGUCUUGGUGAGCUUUUGAGAUCAUUCCUCUCCAUCUUUUUUCUUUGUCCCUAGGAAACCACUGAUAUACUGUUGUAAUAAUUAUUUGCAUUUUUUAGAAGUUUAUGUACUUGCAAUUAUAACAUGUGAACCAAUUUCAUCAGACUCUUUUAACUUAGCCAAAUCCUCUAGAAAUUGAUACCCAUCACUUAUAGAGAAAUCUGUCACAUUCCUUUUCAUUAUGCAUAUAAUUUAUGGCUAGCUAUAGCUUGUUUGUUGAUUCUUCAGUCAGAAAAAUGUUUUUUCCAGUCAUCGGCUUUCAUAUACUACUACUGGGUGUAAGUCUUCUUGUACUUUUAAUUCUCUUGUCAUUUGCUUUUAGGAAUAAAUAUCCUUAAUAAAUUAAAACAUUAGGUUAUUUGUUCUGAAGGCAGUGGUGGUAAUGGAGGGAGAUCCUGGAAUCGUUCCAGUCAUUUAAAGAUUACAUUUCUUAUCAUGUCUCCUUGUUGGAUGUAACCUGUUCUUCCAAGUAGUAAGCCAGCCAAUCACUUGCCCACACCAUGGUGUGUAAGUCAUAUGAUGUAACAGCAUUAUUGUGUUACAUAAUGUGUUAUUUUUCAGAUAAGUAGAUGAUAUUUCAUUUACUUUAGAUGUGUGCAUACUAACCACACAAUGGCCAAAUAGAUUUCCCACUUUCUUUAGUAAUAGAGGAAUUUUGCUGAUCUUUGUGACCAUGGGGAUUUCCUUCUCAUGAUCUUGGCUCACCUCUAGAGCAUAUGGCAAUGGCUUAAAUAAAGUUCUGUAUUUCCCUAUUGUUUGAAGUUCUUCAUUGUUUAUGGUUGUCAGGCUGAUUUGGCAGACAGACACAGUGAAUUAGCUCAUGUCUAUGACUUUAAGGUAAUGUGUGCUUAACUCAUAAAAUGCAGGAUAACCAGGUAUGUUUGAAGUAAUUUAUUUGUCUAAAUAUACCAUAUCUAAAUAUUUGAUUGUAUUUUUAUAAAAAUUCAUCAUUUGUUUAAAAUUAAAAUUUAAAUAUAUACCAUGGUUUUGCAUAAAGGGCAAAUUUAGAGUAAAAUUUGAGUUUCGAUUUAUCAAGGGCCAAAAUUUUCCCUAUUUAUUUAUUCAUUUAUUUAUUUACUUACUUAUUUACUUUUUAUUAGUCUUUUGUGACUUUCUAGUUUUGUGUGAAUUUUGAUCAUAUUCAUUCCCCAAAUCAUCCCAUGUCCAUCCCAUCCCUGUUUAUUCAACUUUGUGUCCAUUUUUAAAAACUCUUCAAGAUCAAUUUUAUACUCUCCAGAUACUCUUGGAAUUUAGUCCUCCCCUGGAGUGUGGUCAGUUUUCAUAUGCGUGUCCUCUUUGAGAAAUCUAGCCCUUUCUUUCCCUGAAGCUACUAACUGCUGAUUACUCCAUGCCUAGGGGUGGGAUUGUGUACCCAACCUCCUUCUACAUUUGGCAUGGAUAGAGUUUGCACAGGUUUUAUGCAUGCUGUCUUAGGUGCAUAUGCAGAAGAGUAUCCAAAGGAUAUCCAAAAGUAUCUCCUUGUGGUCAUCUACCACCUCUGGCUUUUAUACUGUCUCUGGCCCCUUUUAAACAAUGAUCUCUGAGACAAGAGAGGGGGAGCAGUGAGGAAUAUAUAUUCCCUUUAGGGCUAAUCAUUUUUCAGUUUCUUAUUUUCUGCACCUUAACCGGUUGUAGUUAUCUGUGUUAAUCACUAUCUAUAGAAGCUUCUUAGAUGAUGAAUGUGAAAUGUAUUGUUCAAUGAGUACAAGGAUAAGUCAUUAGGAGUCACUUCAAUAUUAUGUCAAUUUAGCAGCAUAAUAGAUUAGGUUUUCCCUAAAGUCUAGGCCUAACUAUACCUGAGUCACAGAACAUGAUGAAGUACAAGAGUUUGAACCAAUGGGAUAAAAGUAUUGUGAAGAGUUCUCCUUAUCAGAAGCAGGUGUGAGAACACAGGCAUUCUAUCAGACACUGGCAAGCCUUGCUCUAUAAAAGGAAAAGUAUUAAACUUUUCCCUUUUUAUACUUAUUAAGAAUGUCUAUCUAGCCAAUCUAUGCCUAUGUCCACUCUAUGCUCUAUGACCACUUUCUAGUCUCAUUUCCAGAUAUGAUGAAGCUUAAGUUCUCUUACAUUUCUGGAUACUGUGGAUACUUGCUGUUUCUGCAAGUGAUGAUGUCUUCAGAGAAAUUGAUGGUAACUACUCCCACAAGACAUGUGCUAGCUAGAGUAGGAGGCCAUACUGAGCUCAGCUGCCAGGUGACCCCACCACACAGUGUGGAGUAUAUGGAGGUGCACUGGUUCAGGAGUGGCCAUUCCCAACCUGUUUACCUGUACAGAGGUGGCCAUGGAGUGAAUGGAGAAGCUGCACCUGAAUAUGUGAAUCGCACAGAGUUUGUGAAAGAUGCCAUUGGGAAGGGCAGAGUGGCCCUCAGAAUUCACAAUAUCAGCAUUUCUGAUGACGGGCUUUACCAAUGUUUAUUUAGUGAUGAUAGUGGCUUCAUUGAUGUGGCCAGCAUGAACCUCAGUGUAACUGCAGUUGGAUUGGAGACACAGAUCCAUGUUCAGGCUCCUGAUGCUGAUGGAGUCAUGGUGGAGUGUAACUCAGGAGGGUGGUUCCCACAGCCCCAAAUGGAGUGGAGAGACAGUAGGGGGAAAACACUUCUACCAUCAUCGAAAUCGUAUUCACAGGAUGAAGCCAGAUUUUUCCACAUGAAGAUGACUCUUCUCACAAACCGGUCACAGGGCAGUAUCAUAUGCUGUAUUUUCAACCCUGUAACAGGUGAAGAGAAGCAAACAAGUAUCUUCCUAGCAAAUGACCUCUUUAAUCAAGAUGGCAUUUGGAUGAAUUUUUUAGUUUCCAUUGCAUGUAUAAUGCUCUUUUUAUUUCUGAUGUACUUCAUCUGCUUUUACAAAAGUUCAGAGCAUGGAUUUGGACAGCUACACAGAUGUCUCUCUGUGUUGAACUCAUGGCCUAUUCAAAUACUGAGUUUCUUAGCCUGUGCUAUAGUACUCUUUGCUGUGUAUCUACCAUUCCGGAUCAGAGUCUCUCUUUCAGAUCCUCAGUUUCCCUUAUACAACUACUGGAUAACUGAAUUGAUAUUUGUGAUCAUUUUCCUGAUGAUAUUUUUCGUCUUACCAAUCAUUGGCUUAUUAUUGAUACAACUUGUACAUUUCCACCACAUCCCCACGGAGAGGAAAAAGAAUAAUACCUUGGACAGCCAAACUGUUCAUGAGGACUCAACCCUACACAAAGAACUACAGGGAACAAAGAAAAACUGGGAGCAGGAGAAGUGAUUUCCAGAGGGAAGAGCUACCAAUUGAUUGUUGAAUAUCCAAACAUCAGCCCUGAAAACUUACAUAUAAGUAACAUUAUGUGAAGUGAACAGGUUAUAUUUAGGAUUAUAGAUACUUUAACUGAAAUUUUAUCUAGCCCAAGGCAGGCAUCUCAGCCCAGGGAGCUUCGAUGAAGAAAUGAAAGUUCACCACCAUAUACAACCUCAACUGUGUUGUGGAGUAUAAAAUCUUGAUCUGGAUUUUA